GUGUGGGCAUGUAGAGAGACUGCGGGACGAAAAGGGAAGAAAGGUCCCGGCUAUGGCAAUCUCUCCAAGCUGUGUGUUUGUUUCUGUGUACAGAACAUGUGUACGUAUGAAUGUUUCUUUGUGGUUAUAUGUCGAAGAGCAACACAGAAAGUGAAAGGAAGCGCUCAUUAAACUCAUGUCAGUGUAGACUCAUCGCUAGUGUUUGCGUUACUCACAUUUCCUCAAUGAAUCAUGGGAAGUGCGGUCAGUGGAGAGCAUUUAUAGGGGUUAAGUCAGUUUUUUUCCCCUCUUGUGCUGUAAAUGAAAACAGAAGCUGGACUGCUUGAUGCAGUCUGAGUCCAGAGGCAGAGCUCUAAAUCCUCACCAUGGCCGACGUGCUGGAGAGCGGCGGGUCAGGAGCCGUAAGAGUGGCCAGCGUGGAUUGGCAGAAACGCUGCAUCGCUCUGGAGAUGCAGCUGCUGAGGUUCCGGAUCCAGGCGGGGAAAAUCCGAGAGUUGCUGGCAGAGAAGAUGCAGGAGCUGGAGCAGAGGGUGACGGAGGCUGACCAGCGAGCUGAGAGUGCUGAGAAACAGAUCCAUGUCAUGGAAGAAAAGCUGAAGUCUGCAAAUAUACAAACCAACGAAUCAGAAAGCUCGUUGUACAGAAAGUAUCAAGACCUGACCAGUCAAGUUCAAGAAAAAGAUGAUGCAAUAAAGAGAUUAGAGACGCAGCUGGAAAAACAGAUCUUAGUCAGAGCCCAGGAGGCAAAAAUUAUUGAGGAGAAGGCUGCCAAGAUUAAAGACUGGGUCACCUUUAAGCUUAGAGAGAUGGAGCAAGAGAACCAGCUGUUGAAAAUGGCCAACCUGAAGCAGACAGAACAGAUCAUGUUGCUGCAGGACAAACUACAAGCUCUCUUAGAGAAACCUGCAUCCUCUGGAUCCCCUGCCACCUCCCCUGUAAUGGAUACCCACCUGGUGCCCAGCAGUCCGCUGUUUCCUCCCAGCUGCCCCGGCACACCACCUGCCCAAGAUGACAGCUGGAGACAGACGGGUCCCCGUGGGGCCGCCUCUAACAUCAAGACCUCACCAACAGAUGUGAAAAGGACUCCUGAACAGUCCAGUAAAGGGAUUUGCCUCGGAGACCUUGCAGCCCACAAUGCGCUCUCUCAGGGUUGGAGCAGGGAGGGUCCCAGCAGCCCUGUUUCCAUCAGUGGACCAGAGCUCCCAGUGGGCCCAGAGGGUCAGGCAGGGGGCUAUGACAGAGACAACUCCUCAGAUGAGCUCAACAGCAAGUUCCGCUCUCAAUGCCUUCACUCGUCCUCUUCCUCUUCCUCUUCAUCCUCAGCCUAUGAGAUGGCCCAUGGACCAAGCUCCCCAGAGUCGACCAUCAGAAUAACACCUAAAAGCCCGCUCCUGUCACGCUCCCCCUCUACCAACAACCCCUUUCCGAAUCCUCCAGUUCACCAGUCAGGCACCAGCAUGACGUUACCCAAAGUACGGACUCCGCUUACCCCCAGAGACAGCAUCCAGCUGGUUAAGAAGCAUUACAGCCAGCCGCAGCCCAGCCUGGACAGACUUCACCACCUCAACGUUAACAUAGACAUCAUGACCCUAUCCUCCACUUUCUCCACCCUCACAAGUGCAGGCACUGCGACCUCACCCUUCUCACAGGUCGUGGAAGAAACGGACAUUGAUGAUGGGCUUCCUGACGGCAUGGACGGGGUGGUGGAGGGGUCAGGAUCAGAGGAGCCAUCCCGGGAUGGAGUCUCCUUUGUGGGACUCGCAGAAGAACUGGAGCUGCUGGAUCCAGAGGUGCUGAAGCCGCCAACGCCUCCUUUACACCGCUUCCCUUCAUGGGAGAGUCGGAUCUACGCUGUGGCAAAGUCAGGAAUGAGAGUAUCAGAGGCUAGUCCUGGAGCCAGGGGCCCCGGACGAGGCUCCAAUUUACCCCAGUAUCCAGCGGCAGGUCCGUUCACCCAGUUGAUCUAUAAGAAUAUCAAUGUACCAGUCUAUACCACACUGAAAGGGAAAGCCACUCAGAUCAGCAGUGUACCUCUGCCUGAUGAUGACUCUGGGUCUGAGGACGACAGCAGCUCUCUGGCCAGUUUACGGACCUCCAUCCUGAGCCCUGACAGGAAGGGAAGCAUCCCUGGGAGCCCACGUGCCGUCAAGAGAGGUGUGUCCAUGUCCUCCAUCAGCUCAGAGAGUGAUUAUGCCAUUCCUCCUGAUGCCUACUCCCUGGACAGUGACUACUCCGAACCGGAACAUAAAGUCCAGCGAACCUCCUCCUAUUCCUGUGAGAGCACUGGGCCUGAGAUGCUGGAGAAGUCUGGGUACCUGCUGAAGAUGGGCAGUCAGGUGAAAGCCUGGAAACGUCGCUGGUUCAUCCUGCGGAAUGGAGAGAUCCUCUACUACAAAUCUCCCAGUGACGUGAUCAGGAAACCUCAGGGUCAGAUUGAGCUGAACUCGUCCUGCCAUAUAUUACGUGGAGAAGGAGCACAGACAUUUCAAUUGAUUACAGAGAAGAAGACCUUCUAUCUGACCGCCGAUUCACCCAACAUCCUGGAGGAGUGGAUCAGGGUUUUGCAGAACAUACUCAAAGUCCAGGCCAGCAGCCCGGUUACCGUGGAGACCACCGCCAAACCCACAGUGAGAGGUUGGCUUACAAAGGUCAAACACGGACACUCUAAGCUGGUGUGGUGUUCUUUGGUUGGAAAAGUCUUCUACUACUAUCGUAAUCAGGAAGACAAGUUGCCUCUGGGUCAGCUGCAGAUGCGGGAGGCCUCAGUACAGGAAGUGGAUCGCUCCUGUGAUUCAGAUGAGGACUAUGAGGCAGGCAGUCGAGGUUUCCUCUCCUCCCACUGCACCUUAGUGGUCCAACCAAGAGACCAGAGUCCCACAUACCUGCUCAUCGGCACCAAGCAGGAGAAGGAUACUUGGUUGUAUCACCUGACUGUGGCAGCAGGCAGCAGUGCAACCUUCAAAGUGGGCACAGAGUACGAGCAGCUCAUUGUUAAACUCCUUGAUGCAGAGGGAGACCCAGAAUCUGUCUUGUGGAAGAGCGAGGCCUUGAGCUUCUGUAAGGAGGGUUUGAGCUCGCCUCUCACCACUCUGCCCUCUGAAGCUCUGCAGACAGAAGCUCUCAAGCUUUUUAAGUCCUGUCAGCUCUUCAUCAACGUGCUGGUUGAAUCUCCAUCCGUCGAUUACCACACCUCGCUGGCCCAGAAUGCUUUGCAAGUGUGCCUGACCCACCCUGAGCUGCAGAAUGAAAUGUACUGUCAACUUAUCAAGCAGACCAACCACAGGACACCACACAACUACUCCCUCACACAGUGCUGGCAGCUGUUGUCUCUGUGUGUGGCUCUGUUCCUUCCUCAACAACACUUCCUUUGGUACCUGAGACAGUACCUGCAACGCAAUGCUGACCCACGGAGUGAGGUGGGGAAGUAUGCAGUGUACUGUCAGAGGUCUGUGGAGCGAACGCUGCAGAAUGGAGAGCGGGAGGCCAAACCUUCACGUAUGGAGAUCGUCUCCAUCCUGCUGAGAAACCCCUACCACCAUUCACUGCCAUUCAGCAUCCCAGUCCACUUCAUGAACAACACCUACCAGGUGGUGGGUUUCGACGGCUCCACCACAGUGGAAGAGUUCCUGAAAACGCUGAACCAGAGGAUUGGCGUGAGGAAGCCUCAGUUGUCUGGGUUUGCCCUCUUCACUGAUGAUCCAUCUGGCAAAGACCUGGAGCACUGCCUGCAGCCGUCUGCCAAGAUCUGUGAUGUAAUUUCCAAGUGGGAGCAGGCCCUAAAGGAGCUGCAUCCUGGGAAAAAUGAGGGGACACGGAUUGUCCGUCUAACAUACAAGAGCAGGUUGUGUUUCAGCUCUCAGGUGAAAGGAGAGACAGAGCGAGAGCGCCUCCUGCUGGCGUACCAGGUGAAUGAUGAAGUUCAGCAGGGCCACUUCCCUGUGAACAAAGAGCUGGCUCUUGAGGUGGCUGCCCUCAUGGCACAGGUUGAAUAUGGUGAUUUGGAGAAACCAGCUGCCUCCUCUCCUAGCAGCUCUCCUCAUCUUAAAUCUCAGCUGAUUCUCCUGCAGGCCUUAGAGCGCUUCUACCCCAAACGCUACAAACAGGACUGUAGCUCAGAGCAGCUUAGAGAUCUUACUGAGCGUCUGGCCACUAAGUGGUCUAUGCUACGUGGGUGCAGUGCAUCCGAGUGUGUGAGAAUAUACCUAACUGUGGCUCGGAAAUGGCCCCUGUUUGGAGCCAAACUCUUCAGUGCCAAGCCUGUCCCGCCCUCUCCUGUUGAGCAGAGCCAGGUGUGGCUGGCAGUCAAUGAAGAUGGAUUGUGUGUGCUGGACUAUACAAUGCAAACGCUGGUCACAUACUCCUACCAGUCUGUGAUUACCUUUGGUGGUUGCCGUGACGAUUUCAUGGUGGUCACGAGCCAGCAGAGGGAGCCUGGAGUCGGGAAGAAGAGUGUGGAGAAGCUGGUCUUUGCAAUGGCUAAACCAAAGAUACUGGAGCUGACUCUGCUCAUGGCCAGCUACAUGAACCACUGGAACCCCAGCCUCCCACCUGCCUCACACCAGCCUCUCGGCCACUGGGACGUAGACAGCAGGCACUUCCCCGCAAUGAACUACACCACCAAGGGCCCCACACUACUGUGAAUCGUGCAAACAACAAAGACUGUUUAACUACAGGGAGGCUUGAUGACAACAGUUUAGUCCGCGUUUGGUUGCAUGUUCAGGUUUCACACUUUUACAGGUACUAGGAGAUAAUUCAGAAGAUUUAGAUUUAGAAAUGUCAGGAUCAGUCUUGUUAGACUAUUUAUUUCUGCAACAAAAGAGUGCUUCAACUCUGCUUUAUUUAGAUGUAAGGUCAUGUUCUAAUUUCUUGUUAAAAUUGGAUGUUGCAAUUGUUUUUGGAAUACAGUAGUGGUCUGAGGACUUGUCACCACUUCCACGUACAGUGUGAUCUUUUUAGCCGCUGCUCAGAUUUUUGCCUUUAUUCUGACCUUCAUGUUUUCCAGUCUUUCAGACCUCAGACUCUUUUUAUUUCAUGAAAGCAAAGCUGUUGCCUUCUGAGAGCUGGAUUGACUGGAAUACAGUGUUGUGUGUCACUGUGUAUUUACCAUGAAUGAUCACUCGUACUUGACAAUGAACCAUAGUCUAAAAAGGUACUGUGCAAUUAGAAAGGGACUUGGCAUGUGAUACUUCAGUUUAAUAGUUUUUAGUAUCUUAAUUUGAUAUAAUCCGCAUCUAAUAUUACUCUAAUUAAGUUCUGCAAUGAACAAUUAUUUUCAUUAUAGAUGAAUCUGAUGAUUAUUUUCUCAAUUAACUGAUUAAUUGCCUGGUCCAUAAAAUGUCAGAAAAUAGAAACAAAUGUUUAUCGCAGGUUUCCAGAGCCCAAGUUGACAUAUUGUUUUUUGACCAACAGUCCAAAGAUAUUAAGUUUAAUAUCAUAGACAAUUUAAAAAAAAAGAGCAAAUAUUCACAUUAGAGCUGCUGGAACCACCGAAUUUUAGCUUAAAAAAUGACUUAAAUGAUGAAUUGAUUAUCAAAAUAGUUGCAGAUUAAUAUUCUGUCGAUCAACUAAUAAAUUAAUCAACUAAUCGUUUUAAAUCUUCCCUAAUACAAUUUGGUUUUCCUUAUAAAAUAGAGGGUAGGACAGAAAUUGUAAUCCUUUUCUAUUGUUUUUUUUUUUUUUUUAAAGUAAUAUUUAGCUCCCUGAUCAAGCAGGCCAAAUAAAAGUGAAGUAUGUGAACAGUUUGGCCCAGAUCUGCUAUUAAUGUAAUGUUACUGAGGUACACAAUAAAACAAUGGGAUAUAAAAAGGUAUUUAACAGUGAUAUACUGUAUGAAUAAUGCAUCUGUGAAAUUUUAGCAGUGCAACAUGUUCUUAUGUUGUUGUUUUUUUGGGUCCUCUAAUAACAUAUUUCUCUGAAACCUUCAAGACAUACAGCACAUUCAUAAUCAGGUCACUCAGUGUUUUAAUAAUAAUAAAUAAACAAAAGGAGAGGGCAAAAUAAAAAAAAGAGCUACAAAAAUAUUUUAAUGACUUGAACUGUUUUGGAUCAAACCACUGUCUCGCUCGUGUCCAUAUUAGUUAUUUAUUUUUACUUCCGAUAUUUUUUGUCUUUUGCUUAACAGGUAAUGUUUUCCACAGCUGUCACAUUUAUAUUGGAAAACGUACAGUUUCCUUUCUGUAGCAGAGUCAUUUAAGAGCAGAGUAUGUUUGGUUACUGUAUCUGUACUAGAAUGUGUUACAAAUGUUUGAAUGAUGGUGUCUUUAUGUUUCCUGUAUGUGUGUGAUAAUAAAAUAAAUGGUAUGAUCCUGUGUUCAA